AAAAAGCGAGCGAUGGAGAUGGAAGAGGAAUGUUAUUUCUACACGGUAGUGAACCAACACACGGCCCCCCCCCCCCCCAGCAUCCGGACUGGGCGAGGACAAGGUGCUGAUCACUCUUUAUUUGUACAAGCUUCAAGCGGCCACGGAAUGCGAAUCGUUAUGCGCGAAAAUUAUUAGAUGUUCUUACAAGCAUGGGUGUCCCCCUUGUUGAACAACCAAAAGUUGUUCAAAAGCUGUUACCGGUGCUUGCGGCGGCCGUCUCCACCAACAGCAUUGAUGUGGUUGUGUUUGACACGACUCACAUCUAUCCUCGAUCUCGUUCUCGAGAUGGAGAUGGAGAUGGAGAUGGAGAUGGAGAUGGAAACAUCUAUCCUCGAUCUGGGGAUGGAGAUGGACAUGUAGCACCGCCCAAAUUGAUUCCUGCAAGUACUUCAUCGAUUCAGGGUUUGGAGCCGGUGACAAUUGAUGAUAAUACUGUUAUCAAAGAAACGCCAGAGUGUCCCAUUUGUUUGGAGGAUUUUGUUGCUGCUGCUUCUGUCGGCAACAUCACGGCGUUGCCCUGUACACACCAUUUUCAUGUACAUUGCAUUGUCCAGUGGAUGGAGAUUAGUCACCUAUGUCCUUUGUGCCGACACGCAAUGCCAGUCGAAGAUGAUCACUCCAAUUGA